UCCUCGUAGCAACUUCCUUUCGACAUCGUUCAACAAUCGGCACUGGUUUGUCCUACGUUUCGUGUCAUACAUAGACUUAAAACAUGCGUUACGUAGCAGCCUAUUUGCUUGCAAGCCUUGGAGGAAAUGCUAAUCCAUCAGCAGCAGACCUUGAGAAGAUCAUUGGGUCUGUUGGCAUUGAAGCUGAGGCAGACAAGAUCAAAAAGAUUAUCAAUGAACUGAAGGGAAAAGACAUUGAAGAACUUAUUGCUGCAGGAACUGCAAAGCUUGCCUCUGUCCCAUCUGGAGGUGGUGCCCCCGCUGGUGGUUCUGGUGGAUCUGCACCUGCUCCUGAGGAGAAAAAGGAGGAGAAAAAAGAAGAAAAGAAAGAAGAAUCCGAAGAAUCGGAUGAUGACAUGGGCUUUGGUCUCUUUGACUAACUUUUUAUUUCGCUGUACAGUGCUGUCUUAAUAAAAAAGAAAAAGCCCA